AUGUUCAGUCGCGCAGUACCUCACCAUGGAGAACAGCUCCAAGUCUCGUUCCCAGACGAACAUGUCUUCAUGAUAACGUUCAAUCGGCCCGAGGCUUUGAAUGCCAUGACCCCGCAGAUGGAGUCAGACAUCAAAACACUGUUAGAUUGGUUCGACUCAGAGGCGGUCCUAUGGCAAGAUAUUCUCUCAAGCCACCACGACUUUGUCAGGGUUGCUAUUGUGACAGGAGCAGGUCGUGGAUUCUGUGCCGGAGCAGAUCUCAAGAUGUUUGGGAGUGAUGCAUCGGAUGCAGAAACCAAGAUCAACGGGAUUGCGUCGUCUCACCAUGGCUUCGCGAGCAUUUCCCGCCGGAGUGUCACUUCCGGCAGCCCGAAACCCAUCAUCGCCGCGGUCAAUGGAUUGGCCCUUGGCGGAGGAAUGGAGCUUAUCGUCGACUGCGAUCUGGUAGUCGCUAGCCGGGAUGCCAUCUUCGGGUUCCCGGAAGUCAAACAUGGCGUGGUCGCUGCCCAAGGAGGCAUACCGCGCAUAUUGAAGAUAGCCGGUCAUCAGCUUGCAUCUGAAUUAUUGCUCACGGGACGAACCAUCACUGCUCAGGAAGCCCAUGAUCGGUAUCAUUUCGUGAACGUCGUGACUGCGCCUCCCGACGUACUCCCAACCGCGCUAGCGCUGGCCAAGUCCAUAUGCGCUAAUUCCCCCGAUGCAGUUCAGGCGACGAAGCGUUCGUUGAUCCUCGCCUCAGAACAUGCAGGUGUCGAAGACGCUUUUCAAAGAGCGACUUUCAGCGCAGAAAUGCGAAGAGUGUACGACGGGGCCAAUAUGAAGGAGGGUCUGGCGGCGUUCAAGGAGAAACGCCGAACCAAGUUCAGGAACCCAGCCAAACUGUGA